UACAUUAUUCACAUUUUUCACGUUUGGGGUUUUUGUUGUCUUUUCUGAUCGAUGGAGAGAGGUGGCAGUAGGGGGAGAAGAGGGGGUGCUGGCAGCGGUGGAGGUAGAGGAAGAGGAGAUGAUCGUCAUCAUAAUCAGCAGCAGCAGCGGCAGUCAGGGAGAGGGUCAAGCCAAGGCCAUGUGGGUCCUAGCCAAAGUGAAUCCCAGAAGAGCCAUGUUGGUGGCGGCCAUCAUUCCGGUAGUGGUGGAGGAACUGGGUCUCGGGUUUCUGGUAAUUGUUGGGAGCGGGGUGCUUCUUUUGCCCAAGUUGUGUCACAGAGGGCCCCUGUUUCUCCUCAACAGGCUCCUGGUAUGUGAUUUCUAUGCUAGUUUCUUAGAUUUCUUUGGCUGUGUUUUAAUCUUUGCUAGCAAUAUAUGUGAUAGAAGUGAAAAAGGGUACAAAACUAGAAUUGGGGGUUGAGAUUUUGUUUUUCUGCAACUAAGAACACUUAGGCUCCGUUUGCUAUAGCGGUUUUGAGGUAACGGUUAGCAUUUUACCUAAAUCGUUAAGUAUAAAUGUUUGGUAAAUUU